CAGAGAUAGUGCUUUCUUCAAUCGCACCGCCCGUAAUGGCGUCCAUAUCUCUGUCAAAAUCCGAGAAGUCAUAUAUUCAGACGUCCCUGCUCUCUACACCGCCCUUGCGAGGGGACGGUCGUUCGCUACUCGAUUACCGGACCAUCGCCCUAGAGACGGGCAUAGCACCCCUCGCAAACGGGAGUGCCCGCCUGAACAUCGGCAAGCCAACCCACGAAGGUGGAGGCGGGACAGAAGUCCUCGGCGCGGUCAAGCUUGAAGUCGAGGAUGUGGAGAACGGCGAUGGGGUAGACGGUGGGCGCAUCGUGUGCUCAGUUUCAUGCUCUCCCGCCGCGUACCCGCACCUCUCGUCCAACGCCCUGGAUGACCUGUCGUACGACAUGACGACCCUCCUCAACCAAACGCUCUCGCACCCGUCCCUGCACCCGCCCAACCUCUGUAUCCUACCGAAGAAAAAAUCGUGGUGUUUGAACCUGGAUGUCAUCGUGCUGUCCGACUCUGGUAAUGUAUACGAUGCGCUUUUCAUGGCUGCAAGAGCUGCGUUAUGGGACACGAAAGUGCCCAUAACAAGAGCUGUAGAGUAUCAGGCGAAGAGAGGGGGCAAGAACCCUCAGGAGAACACGGAUGUAGAUAUGGAUACAGAGACGGAGCAGCAGAGCGGUUUCGAUACGAGGCACAUCUCGCGUGCUGUCGAUUUCGAGCUGCCGGAUUACUGGGAUGAAGGCGAGACGUUGGCUGGGCAAGAUUUAUGGCCCGUUUGCGUUACACUCAACAUCAUGCCACCAACGUAUUAUCUCGAUGCGACCCCUCAAGAAGAAGCAUCAACGCCAUUGCGACUCUUACUAGCAAUGUCCUUUCCCAAGUCUGCAUCGUCAAGGCUACAAGCGACACGUUUGCUGGGACCCGGGGAAAUUGAAUUAUCGCAAAUCAAAAGGUUGAUUCAGGAAGGAGAGAAGCAUGGGAGAGAGUUGUACUCGGCACUAGAAGCUAAACUGAGGGAAGAGGAUGUUAGGCGUAAUCAAAAAGCAAGAGACAAGUUUGUUCUACGGUAAUGCAUUACCCUUUCUGCGACAAAACAUAUAUUAGGUCAUACCGGCGAAUGUCCUGCCGUUUGAUUUCUUGUCGGCUUGUACUGCUGCAAUGGCUUCCAUUGGUC